CUCAGCCAAUGGGAUUCGGACAUAUCCGGCUUCGCUGCAGAGGGAAGUUCACUGUUGUUACUUUACAAAGGAGAACGUUUUCUGAUAGUGAAUUUGAACACAACAUACAGUAGGGUUCGAUGAGAGACGAGGAAGAGAUGGAGAGAGAUGGGGUUUCGGUCUAAGACGGCCCAGCACUCCCCUCCUUGCUGUUUAAUCUGUAUCUGUGAAACCGGCCCUAAGAGUCAGGGGCGACCGGUAGCCUAGUGGUUAGAGCGUUGGGCCAGUACCCGAAAGGUUGGUGGAUUGAAUCGUUGAGCCGACAAGACCCUGCUCUGCAACAGGCUGCCCCAGCCCCAAUAGCACCAUGUCCCAGGCCCAGAUGGGAUCCAUGGCUGGCCUAAAGCCCCAGGAGGUAGCCUUCUGGCUAGGAAAGGCAGUGGAGUGGGGCCAGACUGAGAGCCCAGACACUCAGAGAGACACCAGCCUCCACCUGGGCCCUCUCAGGGCCUUCCUCCAGCUCCUCCUCACAGACAUACACAUGCGGAGCUCCACCACAGAGACCAUGAGGACUAUUCCCUUCGUAGGCCAGUUCCUCGGCCGCCUCUGCUGGAACCCCUAUGUCACUGUGGAUGCUGAGAGCCGCUCACUCCUGCUCCAGAGUCUGUGGAGUCUGUAUUCAGAGGAACCUCAUAACGCUGUUGAGAGGAAGGCCAACCAGUGGAUACGGAAUGUGUUAUGUCAGCUUGCUACAGAAGAAGAGAACAGUGCAACACAUAUGUUAGUGAAACAUAUGGGCCUGUCACCAAAAGAAUACAAUGUAAAGGUUCUAAGAAAGAUGGUGUGGUUGCUAGUGGAGGAGGUUGGGGAGAGCUGCAGCAGUUUGGCUGACCCUAACCAGAGGUGUUCGUGUGACAGCGUUCUUGCUGCAUCAGUGGCAUGUGUCCCCCUGGUCACAUGUCCUGAGACUGCUCCUCUCAUUGGUGCGUUGCUGCAGCGGCCGGUGACCUGCGAUAAGGCAGCCCUCAGCCAGGACUUCCUGGAUGCUGUAAGCUCCGCCUACUCCAGAAAGUGUGUGUCUCUGGAGGCCCAGGCAGUGGUGUCUCUGUGGUGCCAUAACCUGGCCAGCCUAGAGGGGGCAGUGAUGUCUCUACUGGACUCUGUGCUCUCCAACCCAGCCUCCAACCCGCACAACCUAGAGAGCACCAUCACUCACUCACUACUGCCUAAAGCCUGCUCCCAGCACGGCUCCAUAUUCUUAAUAGUGAACGACAUCUUCAGGUCCAUGCUGGUGCAGGUGGAGGGAAACCAGACUCUGCUAUCUCUUAUCCACACCUUCACCAUCUGCUUCCUCGGGGAACUGGCAGCCCUGCAGCCUCAGGAGUGUGUGUCCUUGAAGGCCUUCUUCCCACACACACCCCAGAGCUUACUGGCCCCUCUGCUGACCCAUCCUUCAGAAAUGGCCCAGGAGGCGUGGCCAGAACACCUGGCCUGGAUCACUGCAUCACUACAGAGACUCACUGAGGAAGAGGAGGAAGAGGAAGGCAACAGGGGUCAGUGUGGAGUGUUUGAGGCCUGGUUCCUGCUGGUGCAGUGUGCUGACUGGUUGGAGGUAGCCAACCAACUACUGGUCUCAGCCAGACCUCAGGACUGUGGCCCCUUGCUGUGGCUCCUCACCUUCUAUCACCACCCUACCAACAGGGGGCACCACCGGACACAGCAGCUGGUGGCGGCCAGAGAAGUCUGGGAUCACCUGAGGUCACUCUUCCUGCUCUCGGCUCCUCCCCUUCCUGCUGACCGACUGCAGUCAUUGGCCGAGCUGAUGUCAGCCGUCCCCCAGCAGCCGUCCCUGGACUCGCUAUUGGUCGUCAGCCUCCUGGGCAACUUUGCAGUUUUCUCCCACAACCCCCUGAGUGGUGCCAGGGAGAUAGUCCGCAUGGUGGUGCAGCGGUCAGGGCUGGUCCGUGAGGCAGUGUGUGUUCUCGACAUGGUUGAGCUCCGACUAAACAGAGAGAGAGCCUCCUCCAGCCUCACUGACAGAGUUACGCUCAGGACCAGGGCUCUUCGGGGCACACUCACACACAUGGCACAGCACGACACACAGCCACUAUGGUAGCGAUGGGAUACACACACAGCCGUGCCAGGCUGUUCAACCAACCCGGGUGCUAUGACACAGACACACAGCCACUAUGGCAGCGAUGGGAUACACACACAGCCGUGCCAGGCUGUUCAACCAACCCGGGUGCUAUGACACAGACACACAGCCACUAUGGCAGCGAUGGGAUACACACACAGCCGUGCCAGGCUGUUCAACCAACCCGGGUGCUAUGACACAGACACACAGCCACUAUGGCAGCGAUGGGAUACACACACAGCCGUGCCAGGCUGUUCAACCAACCCGGGUGCUAUGACACAGACACACAGCCACUAUGGCAGCGAUGGGAUACACACACAGCCGUGCCAGGCUGUUCAACCAACCCGGGCGCUAUGACACUGACAGGAUACACACAAACAGACGCUAUAGAUACGACAGUGGGAGGACAUACAGUCACAACUAGACACACAAACGUAUCAGGACACACUCUUAGCUGUGCAAGAGCAGCAAGUCAUAAAACGUGCCCUAACCCUUCCACUCAUAUUAUUGCCUCAGAACACAUUCCUCUCAUUACACACACAUGGGGAAACAUCUGUUGAUUUGAAGAAGGGAAAUGACAUGCAACAGCACCUGAUAUGGACACUGUCUUUCUCUACAGAAUGCCUCUACACCAACUAUACUGCAUUGUAUGGUACAAACCUAUACUAAAGAAAUGUGACGUCAACCCUUCUUCAAGUCUCAUUAUAAAUAUGGAAAUAUUUCUAAUUAGUUAAUUAUUACAAUCAGAGUAAUGGUCUAUAACCUGAUCUGAGUCAUGUUUUUUUUUAAUUCUGUAUAUUAGCUGACUCACAUGUAGGAUAAAACAAUAAAAUCAUAUGUACAGUACCAGUCAAAA